GUACUGUUUCAGGCUCUGGAAGUGAUCCGGCAGCUGAAGGAGUCCAUGCAGAUUCAGCGUGCACACAUGAGGCUGCGGUUCAUGCUGCCAGUGAAGGAGGGGAAGAAACUGAAGGAGAAACUCAAACCACUCAUCAAAGUGAUCGAAAGCGAAGAAUUCGAUGAGCAGCUGGAAAUGGUGUGUCUGAUUGACCCCGGCUGUUUCAGGGAGGUUGACGAGCUGAUCCGCUGUGAAACGAAGGGGAAAGGCACGUUGGAGGUGCUCAGUCUGAAAGAUGUGGAGGAAGGGGAGGAGAAGUUUGAGUGAAUGGCAAUCCACCAGCCUGCAUGCUUCCCCACCCUACAGCUGCUAUACAAAACUUGUGCUCUCAUUAAAAAGGAAACCUUAUAUAUGGACGGAAAUGUUUUAUUGCUGUGUUGAACACAAAAAAAUCCUCAUUCCAUUGUUAACAAAGUUGGCUUCCCAGUGUUGCGCCAUAAAACGUAUUGAAGUAUUUUUUGUAGAAGUACAGUCUGUAUUUCUAAUAGCACUUACCCAUCACUCAUACUUCGUGAUCACUGGCAAUCACCAUUCUCCUAUACAUUUCAGUAAGGGUUUUGCACAGCUCACGUGAUCCUCUUAUCUGAAAUGUAUUGAUUUGUUGUAAGUCAAAGUGCAGCAAGUAUGGGUGAACAGAUGGUCUUAGACUGCAAAACUACACUGAGGAUAUAGGAUCAACUUGUUGCCACUUUUCCCCAUUUGCUUUAUGCUUCCUUCUGAUGUAUUAUUAUUAGUGGAGGUAAUACAAACACUAGAAUGGUAGAAUGACUUGAAUGGUAAUGCAGACCUAUUAAGUGGAUGCUGUAGACGAUGCAGUGCGGAAACGUGUAGUUUCAUGCAAAUGGAAACCUGCAGUUCAUAAGUUUUUAUUUCAAUUAAUACCGUUCAUAUUACUUAUUAUUUAAAAAGAAAAAAAUGCCAAAAUGUAUUUCUUUUGUAAAUCUCACUGCUCUUAAAUAAAACAUGAUGACACAAAA